AUUACACAAGAAAUUCGCUGCAAGAAAUAUUUUGGCUUCCAUUCGCAACGUAUGAAGUUGUCAGCAACAGGGAAAUAAAGAAGAAUGAAGGUUCUUGGCAUUUUACUCAUCUUUUUUGUUUUAAGGACGAAUUCACAGUCAGGAAGACUUGGAAUCGGCGGCUCUGUAAAGAGAAAUUUUGGAUUUGAUGGCUCUAUAAAACCUGUUGUAGACAAUAUACUGUGUAGAAUUAAGAGCAUUACAGAUACUACAGCUGAUCAAGUUCAAUCAGCAUGUGCAGACCUGCCUCGAUCAAAAGAUUCAUCGGUAAAAGGGGCUGAAGCAAUAUGCAAAACAACAAAAAGAACUUUGAAAUCCGUCUCCAAAAGAUUGAAUAAGUAUUGCCAUGACUCAUCUCUAACAACAAAUUCUCCGAUUACAACAACAAUAAAGAUGACAACAGAAGGUGAUCCUACUUGCGAAGAACUCUAUCCGGGGUAUAUAGAAAGUUGUAACGAGCAUUGCUUAAACAAUACAUUUUUUAUCUUCCGCGGAGGCCACUGCGUACUCUACCCAGGAAAUGGUAAAUAUUGCCAUUGCGAUGCCGCUGAUAAUUGCGAAAAUUAUAAAAAUGCAACCUGCCAGAGUGAGUGCCAAAAGAAAAAAGCAGACGGUUACUGUAGAAUUCCCGCGAGGAAUAUUCCUUGUGCAUGCAGCUUUUCUGAUGAACGCAACAAUUCCACCUAUUAUCGAUUUCCCUGAAUGGCAUUCAGCAUUCCUGAUAUCUGACCUUGGGUAUAAAAAAGACCGACUACGUAAACAGUUUUUUUCCCAUCAGAAGUGGAGGGCAAUACUUGCAUUUUUUAUAGUAAUUUCUUGACGAUUUUCGCACUUUUGAUUUUGUUUGUAUUUAUGAAAACACUGUAAGUAAAAGGUUCAAAGAGAACCGACAGUAAGAUUUUACUAUGUUAUGAAAAUUAUGUCAUUAAUUGUUAUUAGGUUUUUGUUAAGUGCUAUUAAUGUAUUAAAAGAUUCGAUGAAAAUUCA